AUUGAUUUUUUUUCCUAUUGAGUACUGAGUAGUUGAUAGUUUUUUUGUAAUGAAACUUAAAGUUUAAAUUUAUUUUAUAAGUAUUAUUUUCGAAGAUUAUAAUUAUGGAUGUGCUCAACAAAUUUCGAUCAACAGUCACAAAUACUAUGUCACAGUUAACUACAGUACUUCCAGGAAAUCCAGUAACAAGAGAAUAUGAAGCUACUAAACAUAUUGCAAGCGCUGGUGUUGGUGUGUAUUUUUUUUUUGUUUUUUGUAUAUUAUAUAAUAUUUAUUAAUCAUUUACAAUUUAGGAUUACUUUGGAAAAUCUAUAGUGGAUAUAAAAAAUCAACUCAACAACCUGCAUCAAUUUUUUUAUUGGAAAAAAGACAAUUGGAUAAAUGGUCAAAAACUGAACGAGAACAUAUUAUAGAAGUUGUUAAAAAAGGUGUAGCUCAGCUAACUAGACUCAAACAUCCACAAGUUUUGACUGUUCAACAUACUUUAGAAGAGUCUAGGUUCAUACAAUCAAAAUAUAUUUGGUGUAAAAUAAUUUACUUGAAUUAUUUUUGUUACUUUUAGAGAAAGUUUAGCAUUUGCUACAGAACCAGUAUUUUGUAGUCUGGCUAAUGUGCUUGGUAAAAUGGAAAACACACCUCAGCCAGUACCCAAAGAUUUACAACAGUACAGUUUAUUUGAUAUUGAUAUUAAAUAUGGUUUAAUGCAACUUGGUCAAGGUCUUGCAUUUUUGCACAAUGAUGCUAAACUACUUCAUCAUAAUUUAUGUCCUGAAAAUGUUGUUAUUAAUGAACAAGGUGCUUGGAAAAUAUUUGGAUUUGAUUUUUGUACUCAAAGUAUUAAUCCUGUUGAUCCAAAUGUAAGAAUUAAACAAACUAAUAGACAAUAACUUAACAAAAAAUUUACGUUUUGUUUGUAUAUUAGCCCACAUGGCCAAGUUGGAAGUAUAAAAUGGAUGUUCAUCCAUGGGCACAACCAAAUCUAGAUUAUUUAGCACCUGAAUCUGCUUGUGGUUACACCCAAGUUAAAGCAAAUGAUAUGUUUUCUUUGGGAAUAUUGAUUUUUGCCAUUUAUAACAAAGGAAACUCACCACUACAAUCAAAUUAUGACUGGUCCACUUUUAAACGCAAUAUACAAGAAGUAUAUAUAAAACAGUAAAACAAGAUUUUUAUUUUUAAAUUGGUUGUUUGUGUAUCACUUUUUUAGAUUAAAAAUAAUACACCCAAUCUAUCCAGUAUUGAGGUUGGACUCCAAGAACCAGUUAGAUUAUUACUAAGUAGUAAACCAGAAGACAGACCCGAUGAACAUGAGUUUUUAAAAGUAAGAUAUUUAUUUAUAAUAGAACUAUUUAAUUUAAACAUUGUUAUAUUUAUUUUAGAUUGAUUUUUUCAAUGAUGUUGGAGUAAAAACUUUAAAUUAUUUGGAUUCUCUUUUUCAAUGGGAUAACUUGCAGAAAUCUCAAUUUUAUAAAGGUUUACCUCAAAUAAUGGAAAAAUUACCUCACCGAAUUUGUCUAAAUCGGUAUUUUAAAUCAAUAUAAAUAUUAAUAUAAUAUUCAUUCACAGAAAGUUAUUUAUUAACAUACAAUUUUACAGAGUACUUCCAUGUCUUGUAAAAGAUUGUGUUAAUCCUGUAAUGAUACCUUUUGUUUUGCCAAAUAUUUUUCAUGUAUGUGAAAACUGUACUAAAGAUGAAUUUGUCAACUACAUAUUACCUUGUUUAAAGCCUAUAAUGAAAGUUCAUGAACCAGUUCAAGUAUUAAUUUUGAUAUUUUAACUAAAUCAAAAGUGAACACUAUUAUUGUUUUACAGGUUCCAUUCAUUUUCCUACAAAACAUGGCUUUAUUAUUAAAAUUAGCACCACCAGAAGAUAUAAAAUCUGACAUAUUAACAAUGUUAUACAAAACUCUGGAAUUGGAUUCAAAACCAGUUCAAGAAACUUGUCUAUCAGUUAUUCCAUCUUUAGCUGCUCUUGUAGAUGGUCCUUCCAUGAAAAAUGCUUUAUUACCAAGAAUUAAAAGAUUGUGUUUAUCAACUUCAGAUCUUUCAGUAAAUUAAAUUAAUUUAUACAAAAUCUCACGGUACUUCUCUAUUUUUAGGUUUAAAUUUCUCCAAUUGUUCGAUUUUUAUAAAGAUUAGAACUAAUAUUUAAUAAAACCAUCAAAAUAUGUGGUUUGUAANAAAAUUACCAGCUACGCAACAUUUUUUUGUUAGAUUUUAUAAAGACUUACGACCUGCAAGUCCAAACCUGAUACCAGUGUAAGCAAGUUAGUGCUUCAAGUGUAAAUCUAUAUCUAAUUAUACAAGAUCAGAUCUUUGAUAAUUUCUAUUCAAAAAUUUAGGAAUUUUUAUCAAAAACCUUUAUCUUUAAUUUUUAAUUUAAUUUAGAGUUCAUGACAAACAAAUUAUAAGAGAAGUGUAGACCCAGAAAAGUACCAAACUAAAAACCUAUUAGGAAUGAAAAAAAAUUUAUCAUGGUGACUUUCAACUACGAAUCAUCAGUUAAUAUUUUUGUAUUUAUGAUAUUUUUAUUAAACCAAAUACAAAAUAUUUAACUAUAAAUAAUAGUAUAAGAAUAUUGAGCAGUUUUUUUUUAUAUAUAAAAAAAUUAAGAAAUAUUAAAAUGUAUUUAAUAUUAUUAAUUAUAUAAAUUGAUAAUAAUUUUAUUUUAUAAUUGUGUUUAAAAAAAAAUAUCUGUAUGUGCUUAUAUUAUUUUUAGGUUCGUGUUAAAUGUCUUGUUUGUAUUGGAAAAUUAAUCGAGUAUUUGGAUAGAUGGUUAGUACUAGAUGACAUAAUUCCAUUUUUACCUCAAAUACCUUCUAAGGAUCCAGCUGUGAUUAUGGGUAUCUUAGGUAAUGAACUUUCUCAAAUAGUUUAAAGUAUGAUGUAAAGAAUAAUUUAAUUUUUAAAUGUUUAGGUGUAUAUAGGAUUAUCCUUUCUCAUAAAAAAAUGUACAUUACGAAAGAAACUAUGGCUCUUAAUAUUUUACCAUUUUUAAUACCAAUGUGUAUUGAAAAUACACUGACAGUCAAUCAGUUCAAUGUUUUAAUAUCAAUUGUUAAAGAAAUGGUAACAACUAUUGAAUCUGAACAUCGAGCUAAAUUACAACAACUAAAUGAACAGAACAGGUAUAAUUAGAUAUUUAAAAAUACAAUUAGUUAUAUUUUUGUUUUGAAAACAAAUAGUAGUAUAUAUUUUUUGUAUAAAUAAAUAUAUUUAUAUUCUUCUAGAACAAUUUCAAAUAGUUUGAGUUUAGAAAAUGGUUCAAUAACCAAGUUAAAUGGUUUAACAAAUGAAUUUCAAUUUGAUACUCACAUUGAAAAACAACAUAUACAAAUAUCUGGAUUUGACGAUAUAACAAAUACAUUAUCCUUAAAUAAUGACAAAACAAAGUAAAUAUAAUUUGUUUGAUAUUUUAUUGUUUUUAUUUAUUUGGUUUUAUUAUGAUGGAUAUAAAUACUUUCAAGAUAGUAAAAAUACUUCAAAAUUUAUUUGUGAGCUAUAUUUUAAUGGCUUAGUGAUAAACCAGCCAACAUUUGAAUAAUAAUUAACUAAUUAAAAAAAUGUGUUAAUUUAAAUUUUUUAUGGUAAUAAUUGAUGUAUUAUUACUAGUGAGUAAAUUUUAAUAUUAGUAUAAUUAAAUAUUCCUAAAAUAUAGUCUUUUAUAAAUUCUAUUUCAAAAGUGUUAAACUCAUCAGUAAUAUUGCGAGCAUAUUUCAAAUUAUAGACAAAGUAAUUCAAUAAUAUAUUUAAGAAAAAAAAAAAUGGAGAAAUCUCCUCAGGAUCCAUUUAUUAAUCCAAUGUUUAAAGUUACUUUUAAUACACUUGAUUCAAAAAAUAAUAAUAGUCAACUGAAUAUUAAAUAAUUUUCACUUUUUUUUAAAAAAUGUUAUUUUAGGAAAAAAAAAUCUCAAGAAGUACCGUCCCAAAAUAUGUUCCAUCAUGACUUGAACAUUACUCCAAGCCUAGAAAAAACUAAAAUAAACUACCCAGUACCUAAGGAUCUCACAUCUUCGCUGAUCGAUUCAAACAUAAAUCAAAUGAGUUGGUCAAAUCAGAUGAAAUCUACAAGUUUGUUAUCUCAAUCAAAAUCAAUGGGAUUUGAAAAUAAAUGUAUGGGUCUCCAAGGUAGACCAUUAGGUUUUGAAAACCAUUCAGCUACUAAUCAAACUAAACCAAUGUCCCUUCAAAGUUCAGCAAAUAACUGGAAUGAUUUAUGGACAAAACAUGAAGAAACUCAAAGGCCAAUUAAACAGUUGACUUUAUCUGAUAUCAAUGAUUUGUUAAGUUGAUAAAUUAUUUUAACUACUAAACACUGAAUGUUACCUAAUUAACAUACUAAUUGAUUUAAUUUAAGUAUUUUUGUUUUAAUAUUUUAAUCAGUAUAAAUAUUUUUAAGGAUAGGUUGUAAAUUUUAUACAUCUAUUAAUAUUAGGUCUAAAGUUAAAUAGGUAAUUGAAGAAGUCUACAUUUAAAAUAAAAUAUAAUAAUUUAUAGUUUUAUAUUUUCAUACAAUUUAUUUAUUGUUGUGACUUAUGCAUAGAUAAUUCUUGUAAAUCUAUAAUGUUCAAUUUGGUAGUCACUAUAUUAUUCAUAUAUUCUAAGAAUACAAAUAACUAGCAUAAUAGCUUUUUCAUUAUUAUUGAUUAAUAAUAUAUACAAUAUUUUUAAUUAUUUUUAUUCAAACAAUAUUAUAUAACUUUUGGUUAAAUAAAUAAUUUAUAAAAGAACAAAAAUAUUUACAAAAUCACACAAAUAAUGUGCUUAGGGACAAAAUAAAUUUUAUCAAUUCUCUAAGAAAAUAAAAAUAUAAAUUUAAUUUACAUGAUUACAAAAAAUAUGCAUAUAUCUAUGAAAUUGACCGAUACUUAAAUAGAUUUAUGAUUAAAAUCAUUAUUUUCAUAAUCAGUAAAAUAUGAAAUUUAUAACAAGUUUGUAUUAUAUAAUUAAACAUGGUAAUGAACUAAUAGUAAUAUAUUAUUCCACUGAUAAGAAAUUAACGAUUGUUUACAUAUGUUAAUAUUAGUUUUCUUAUGAUCUUAAAAUUAUAUAUAGAAUAACAUGUAUACAUGUAACAUGUAUAUUAUAUAUUAAUUUAUAAUGAAAAUGAAAUAUGACUUUUUUCAUAAUUAAUAGUACCUACAUAAUAAAAUAAUUUUGGUAUUUUCUGAGUGAAGUGAGAGAUCUAUUGGUUUUACUAUAUGUAUUUUUUUUUUGUACGUGGUAAAAUUUUCAAAAUAUUUGAGCUAUUUUUAAGUUAUUUAUUGACAUUUUAAUUUUACAAAUGUACUUAAUUUUUAUUUAAUAGGUACUCUGUUAUCCCUUUGGUCUAGGGUUAGAAUAGUUUGUUGUAGUCGAAUGAUUACGAAUACAUAUUGUCAUACUUUGGGUCGUGGGGGUUUGAAAAGAAAUUAAUUGCACUUUUUUUAACCCUCUUAUCUAAAUAGGGAAAAAACAAAUGCAUUAAGGUAUACUUAAAGACCUAGCUAUCGCUUGCUCUGAUGAUUAUAAUCAAAAAAUACCCCUCUAUUUGUUAUGCAAACUUUUCUAUCAGAAAUCUUCCUGCAGGUGUAGAUUAUUUUAUGAAAAAAAAUUUUAUCUCCAUGGUUAAAGGAGGUCAUUUUUUUGUGAUUUUUUAAUUGAUUUUCAUAAUAACUGGUAAAAACCGUGAUAAAAUGUCAGAAAAAACGGAAAAUGUACAAAAUGUAAUUAUUAGUAAAAGGCCAUAGUAGGCCAUUUUUUUUCCGUGUACAACUUUUCUACCAGAAAUUUUGCUCUGAUUUACAAUGAUAGCACUUUUUUCUUAAAGGAACUCUGCCUGGGGAGGCAUUUUAGAGAGGUUAUUUUUCGAUUUUCCAAGUUUUCUAAGAAAAUGUGAUUCGGCAAAAAUAUGAGAAAAACGGAAAAAUCGAUACAAUAUUAAACAAAUAUUAUUAAAGAAAAUAUGUAAUGCCUAUUUAAUUAUUUUACCAUAAUAUGAUAUAUAUAUAUUGCUGACAAAGCAUCACUAUCAACUAAACUUCGCUCAGAAUUGUUUUUUCGUUUGCAAUGGUUUAUGAUUGCUUACAGUUAUACAUUAAAUUACAUAAACAGUGACUGCACCCAUCCCCAUUAUCCUAUGAUGUUUUUUUUUAUAAAUUUGUGUGUAAUAAUUUGAACCCUCAAUCAGUGUGACCACAUAUAAGGAAUUAAACUAAUGUACAG